AUGACUCGUGACCACACCCCCCCUCAAAUUAUGACCGAAGUGUCGUCUUCUUCCUUCAAAAAUCUUUAAAAAACAACAAAUUUCAGACAUAUCAAUGAGUCUUGGAACUGAAACAGCCAUGGGUUCAUCCCUGUAAACACGAGACUCAUAGAAAAAAGAAAGCUUUAGAAACAAGAGAAAAUCCCCAGUAGUACUACUUUUCUUUACCCUUACUCAUUCCCUGAGCCCUUGUUGCCACCAUUUUAGGACACCCAAAACCUCAAAGCCAUCAAACAAAUGAAGCUCACUGCUGCAGGUAUUUGCUAUGCCAUGUUUUGAGUUUCUGAGUUAUACUUGGGAACAAAGCUGUUGAAUUUCUUGAUUAUGAAACGCAAUGGAGGAGAGGAAAUUGAAUUUUGAUGCUCCGCUUUUAUCUGUGAGGCGGUUUUCGGGGACAUCUUCUGCUCGAGAUCGAAAUAAGCAGAAGAAGGUUGAGAAUCCUCCUUCGACGGCACGAUUUGCUCUCCCCUGGUAUUGCUCGGAUGCAUGUUCGGAUCAGGUUACGGAGCCUGUUGCGGUUCCUUUCGUAUGGGAGAAGAUCCCCGGAAAAGCAAAAGGUGGCGCGCAGCAUGAGUUUGAGCCAGAUAAGGAAGCUUUGUGUACUCCAAGGCUUCCGCCGGGUUGGAUUUCAAAGGUCGUGAAGUGUCCUGUGGAGAAAGAGUGUGUAAAUCAGGCUGUGAUCAGGCCCCAAACUGAAAAGAAUGCUGUGAAUGAUAAAUUGAGUAGAUUAGACUGUUUGAAUGAGGGAAUGAAUGAGAAAUGCGUCUCGGAAUCUGAUAAGGAUGAUGAUGUUUAUUCAGAUGCCCUCGAUACCUUGUCCCCAACCGAUUCGUUCUCCAUGAAUUGUACUAUAAGUGGUCUGAGUGGAUCGGAUGGACCAGUUGCAAAACCAUCAGGAACGUUCUCUACAGAUCCACAAACUCAGGAUUUCAUGCUGCGGCGCUUUUUACCUGCAGCCAUGGCAAUGACACUCGAGACACCGAAGUAUGCUUCGAGGAAACAAUAUGUGGCACCAGAACAACCUAGAGAGGCUAAGAAAGAGCUUGUUGGGGAUAGGAAAUCUCCUGUGAAUCAAUAUGAGUCGGCUAUUGUUCCAUAUUAUAACAGGGAUGUAGAUGAAGAAGAAUCAGAAGACGAAUACGAUGAGGACUAUCAGGAUUCUGGCAAUUUAUCAAGAAAAGCUUGUGGCUUGUUGCCUCGGUUAUGCUUCAAGAGCUGUCUGGGUCUCUUAAAUCCUGAUCCUGUUCCAGGACUAAAACUUAGAACCCACUCUUCAAUGCCUUCUACUCGUGAAACUGUGAAACCACGGAAAGCUGCUUACUCGAAGUCUCGAACACAAAUUGUUGAGAAGAAUGCUUUGGAUGCUGUUCGUGAGAACAAAUCAGAUGGUGCAGUUCAACCACCGAGGCUCUCGAAGGCAAAAUCAGAUAGGGGAGUUAUAUUUUCCGGGCCCCUGGUGAACAUAUCAGAAAGUGCAUUUCAAUCACCAAGGCUCUUGAAGGACAAACCAGAUAGGGGAGUUCAAUCCCCAAGGCUCCUAGUGAGCAAAUCAGAUAGUGCAUGUCGAUCACCGAGGCUCUCGAAGGACAAACCUGAUACAGAAUUUCAACCUUCUAGGCUUCCCGAGAUCGGGAAAGAGCUGAUAUGUGUAUCAAAUCAGUUUAGCAGCUCAAAUGACGAGCAGAUUGCGAAUAGGUCGCCUCUCAAGAGGCUUCCAAGUAGUGGUCGCAUUUGUCCAUAUCGUAGAGAGAGGCCUCAAUCACCCUUCCACGGAGGAGGGUUCCUUGGCUUGCCUAAAGAAGCUGAGAAAUACAAAGUGAAUAUGAUGGUUAAGUACACCCGAAGCAAUAACAACUCGCAGGAAUUAAUACCGUACCGGAGCACUGGACAAGGGUCGGGUUCUCCUAGCCCUGCAGUUGUGAAAACAUUGUAUGUAGAUACCAAAGUGUUGGAAGAACCUGUUGCUGUGAAACCUUCCCUUGAAGACAUAAAAGGCCUCGAUGGUUUGGAUGGAAAAGGCGUAUCGGAAUAUGAAAUCACAGGGUUGGUGAACUCUAGUCGAUCUUCUUUCUCCGGCAAACCUGAUCCUGGACAGAACGGUGGACUGGAUCAUGUAUUUAAGUCCUUGGAGCGUUUAAAAGUUAGAGCUGAUGGAAAUCUGAGCCAUACCGAUGAUGAUGAUUCGAAAGCAGCUGAUGAAGCUAGUGCCGGUUCUGAUUACUCUCCUCUUCCACCUCGUUUGCCGAAAACACCAUCCGAGUCUUGGCUUUGGCGUGCCCUGCCUUCGAAAAAAUCAUCUUCGCAGUCUUACAAUGGCACUCGUUUUAAACCAAAAAAGCAGGAACCAAAGACACCUGCUACUGGUGCCAAAUGGGAAACAAUUGUCAAAACAUCUUACUUGCAUCAUGAUCAUGUUCGCUAUUCCGAGGAACUAGUAACUCCCUUUUCUCACCAUUCCAAAACUUAAAAAAGGAAAAACACCGAGGGCUUCAUCGAAUUCCUUGUGCUCACUGCCUUUGGUUCAGCAGUUUCAGUUUCGACAUGGUCAGAGCUGAUUAAAGAUUAUGUUGCAGCCUACAAUUUUUCUCCUUCCACUUGCCUUCGAUAUGGGACUGGAUUUGUUAGCUCUCGUUAUUGUACAAGCUUGUAAGUUGUUCAUUUCUUUUUCCCUAUACAUCGACAAUAACUGCAGGCGGUGGCCGCUGUUUACAUCAAAGUCCAAUUGGAAUCUUGUAAUGACUACAAAUAUUUUUUUUCCAA